AAUUCCAUUGGUCGAAGCGCCAUUCAGUCACAAUCGCUAUCCAUCAACGGCAAUGAGGAAGAAGAGCGAUCUCCACCGGCACGACAUCAAGGCACCAUUACAAUGUCGUCAGCUCUGCGGCCAUCCGUCGUCGAGUGUUGUCGCGCCGUGUUUGCAGCAUUCUUGUGGCAUGAACAUUUGGUGAAGGACGCUAUGGCCGCUGCUGCUUAUCUAAGAUUUCAUCAACAUCUGCAGAAUCUAUGGAAUCACUCCGAUGUUCGCGAGUCGGCUGCUCCGGCCGCUCUUCAACCCAUCGUACGUCUCUGGAUUGAAGUUUGUGCAGCUGUGCGAGCCAGCGUAGACCAGCACCUCAUUGUACCGCCUGCUGGAGGUAAAGCAUUCGGAAGUGUCGCAAGAAAACGAGAGUCAUCUGGCGGAGGGUGCGAGCUAUGUGACUGCAGUUUCAAGGUCCCCGUGACGAUGCAUAUGCGAAUGAACCAUCCCGGCUGUGGAAAGGAUUCGCAAGGGUAUGGCUACAACUCUUCAGGAAAAUUCACAUCGGGUUGGUCUGGAGAUUGCGGAAGUGGAGGAAGAGCGGCGUCAACU